UUGCCAGGGCACAACGUACAAUUCUCAGAUUGGAAGGAUUUGAAAGACGAUACAAGAUCCGCCCUUGUGGCCCAACUCCGCGAUUAUGUCCUGCAGCUGCGAAAUAUCCCACCUCCUGUCGAAUCUUCUAUGUGCGACUCUGCACCGAUUGCCCUUACGGUCGUUAUGUCGACGAGGAACAAAUGA